AUGGUUUUAACGUGCAUCGUGCCGGGUUGUGGCAACAAACCCAGGGUUUACAGCCCCGUGGUGUUUCACACCAUUCCAAUUCAUUACAAACGGCGGAGAGUUUGGCUGGCAGCUUUAGAGUUGGACAUUUCAACUCCGUUGGAUGUUGUGAGGACCUGGAGAGUGUGCUCCGAACACUUCACAGAUGAGGACUACACCGAGACUGGAAAACGGCUAAAAGACACUGCUACACCGUCAAUCCAGAAAUUGCGCAUCCUAUACAGAGAGGCUCCGGUCAACAUUGAAAUACAUGAUUUGCCUGGACCGGAGGAUUUCCCUGAGGCUUUACCUCAUUCAACCCCUGAGAAGCAAAAACCUGAGGAGACAACAGCUAAAAUCAGAGCACCCAUGCCUGUCCACCUAGGCAGUCCUUCACAAACGCGUCAUCCCAAAAGAGCUGUCCUCGCUCCCACCUGGACAAUGCAAUCAAACACUGCCUCUUCAUCAUCUACAAUGGCCACCACCCAUAGUCCACGAAAAAGCCUUAUAUAUGAUGAUCCACACCUCAUUGGAGCUACAGCAAUGGACAUGAGUGCAACAUCGGACUUUGAUGUCAGCAUGACCUCUGAGACUGCCCUUGAUCCUGCAGACAGCAGUUAUGCUCCAGAUACCAGCCCCUCAACAUCCGCCACAGGAAGUUCCUCAAGCCUCCCUGAACAACUCAGAGGAUGGAGGGGUCGGAAGUGGAUCGUGGAUGAGGCCAAUCUCAUGGAGCUGUUUCAAAGAUGCCCAGAGUGCCAUUCCGCGAUGUGUGACGUCCAUCAAUCUAUAUCAUGCUGUGGUAGCAGAAUUCGAGUGAAAUGGCAAUGUGACCGUGGUCAUGUGGGAAAAUGGGAGUCAUGUCCAGAAGUCCGUGGGAUGCCAGAAAACAACUUAUUGGCACAGGCCGCAAUCCUCUUCACUGGUGCAACAUACACCGAUAUUGCUGACUGGGCAGGACUUCUCAACCUGCAGUUGCCCCACAAAACAUGGUACAACGAGGUCCAGAGGACUUACCUGAUCCCAGUGAUUGAACAAGCAUACAGAACACAGGAGGACAUCAUCAAAGCCAGGCUUAUCUGCCAAUCACAGGACGGCGAGGGAGUGCAGCUAUGUGGUGAUGGCAGAAGCGACAGCCCUGGGCAUUCCAGCAAAUAUAAUACAUAUUCUUUCAUGGAUGACGCGACAAAGCAGAUUGUGGGGUUUGAGCUGAUGCAGGUGUCUCAGGCCUCAAGUUCUGCUGCCAUGGAACCAUUGGGUUUCAGGAAAGGCCUGGACAACAUCCUGGAUGAGGGGAUCAAUGUUACAGUUGUCACCACGGAUCGGCAUCCCUCCAUCCGGAAAAUUAUGAGAGAGGAUUAUCCUGAGCUCAUUCAUCAGUUUGACCCGUGGCAUGUUGCAAAAGGAUUUCGAAAGAAAAUGGUGGCGACAUCCAACAGGAGGGAGUACAAAGACCUUGGUCCUUGGGUCCGGAGUAUCGCCAACCACAUGUGGUGGAGCUGUUGCACCUGCAAAGGAGAUCCAAAGGAGCUGCUCAGGCGAUGGUUGUCUCUGCUAUGCCACAUCACUGGGGUCCACCGCUGGGAAGAGAAUAACAUGGAAUACACGUGUUUCCACAAAGAGCUGCCUGCAGAUCAGCAAAGGAGCAAGAGGUGGCUAAUGGUGACUUCCCCUUCCUACAAAGCCCUGAAGUCGAUGAUGAUGGACACUCGCUUCCUCAAAGACUUGCAACAGAUGACACUAUUCAAACAUACAGGACAACUUGAGGUGUUUCAUAAUUCCCUCUUGAAGUAUUGCCCAAAGCGACUUCAUUUUGAAUAUCCAGCAAUGAAGGCACGCACUAUGCUAGCAGUGAUGGACCACAACGAGAAUCACGAAACAGAACGGGAACAAGCAAGAGCAGCAGGAGGCCUUCCGAAAACAAAUGUUGUCCACAAAAGGCAAUCAGGCCGUUGGAUUUCAAGACCGAUCUAUGUUGAGACAACACAGAAAUUCAGGGAGGAUCUCAUGGAACGAGUGCUUGAGAGACGGCGUGACCCCUCAGUCCGACCCAAGGACAAGGCAUUUCAUAUGCCAAUCCCUCAACUGGCAGCCAACAUUGCUCGUGUGCCAAAGCCCAGCAAAGAGGAUGCCAGGAAAUCACACACCUCAAGAUUCCAAGGCCCACCACAGAAGGAGGACUAACUGGGUGUCAGUGGCUACCACAUAUUUUUGAAAGACCUCUUCAAUUGACUUGUUGUUUUGUUGUGUUUGUUUUUUUUCUCCUUUUCUUUGCACUUGGUCUUCAGAAUGUCUACUGCAAAAGUAACAUGUAUAAUACAGUAACCGGGUUCAGUAUCAGUUGGUGUGAGGGUUUUUCCACCAUA